UACAUAUUUAUGUUUGUUUUUUUAAUUUUAGGAUAACUUCUGAACAUGCUUGAGAAAAGAUGGCCGAAGUUACUGCUGUUUCUAUCAGGAUUUUUCACAUGUCUACUAGUUUGGAUUCAAUUCUCAAGCUUUCAAGAUACCACAAUAAUUUCUUCUACAACUUUAACAGCCUAUACGUUGUUUACGGAGGAUGACACAAACUUCAUUGAUCAGUCUUAUCAGUUACCGGAGCAUGAUUACAAUCAGUUGAUUGAUCUUAAUUUUAAUUUUACUAUCAUUAAUUUUAUAUGCAACGAAUCUAUUCCUGUAUUGCUUUUAGUUUUAAUCCAUUCCUCGCCUAACAAUUUUGCUAAAAGGAAAACAAUAAGAGAAACAUGGGGAAAGAAAGACGAAAACAUCAAAGUUGUUUUUAUGAUAGGCGGCGUCGAUUCCCCGGAGUUGCAGAAGGAGUUGGAAGUCGAAAAUAGAGUAUAUAAUGAUUUUGUACAAGGUAGCUUUUUUGAUGCCUAUAGGAAUCUUACCUAUAAACAUGUGAUGUCUUUGAAAUAUUUCAUUUACCAUUGUCCACAAGCCAAAUAUAUACUUAAGACUGAUGACGAUGUAUUUGUCAAUAUGCCAACCAUGAAAAAUUUUCUGACUUACGACUUAUCUCCGCAUGGUGCUAGUAGAGGGUUAUUUUGUACACCUAGAUACAAUAGUUUAGUGUUAAGAUCCUAUAGAUCGAAGUGGAGAGUUUCCUUUACAGAGUAUCCGGAUAAAUUUUAUCCAACUUAUUGUCCGGGUUGGACUUUACUUUAUUCACCCGAUGUCGCUUUAGCAUUGUACAAAGAGGCUCAAAAGUCAGAUUAUUUUUGGAUUGAUGAUAUACACCUCACUGGCACACUUACUCAGAAACUUAAUUUUACUCACACAGACAUUGAAUCGUUAGUUUUGUCAGAUAAGAAAUUGUAUUACAUUUGGUAUUAUCAAUCUGGUGAAAUCGCACCAUUUUUAUACGGUAGAGAACUAUCUGAGAAAAAAAUUAGAGAAUUGUGGAAAUAUGUUUCAAUACACCAAGCGCCUAAGUUCUUUUUUCGAAAAUUUAAAGGAGAGUUUUAGUAAAUUUGUAAUUAAGUGAAUUGGUCCUAAGUGCAAUAUUUUUUUUUAUAGUAUCUAGUUCUUUUUACUUAGUCUAUUAUUUGUAACGUAAAAAUAGUUUUGGAAAACAAUGCAUUUAAAAAAAUGUUCAAUUACUAACAGUGUAUUUUUUGAUAUAAGUCACUAAAUUAUUAGCCGGUUGCAAGAAAGUUUAUUGGAGAUUUCAAGAAUGUGAUCUGUCCUAGUGACAAUGACUUAAACUUCGAUCAAGUUUAAGAGACUCGUAAGUUUUAAUUAACUUUUUUGCAACCGGCUGAUAUAGUUAUGUAACAAGAUUGGUAAGUAUAAUUUACAGAUUGAGAACAUACAUGUUGAGAUCUGGAAAUUACACUUAAAGCCGAGGUGCAUACUACGUUUUUCGUACUACUAGCAAUAUUACAACUUUUAGGAAUGUUUAAUUAAAAUUAAAAAUUUAUAUUUUAUGAUCUGUCAAAUAUUAAAAUAGUUGACUUAUAGUUGAUGUGUUUAUAAUGAACAGUUACUAGGCGCUGGGGUUAUUAUUAAUAAGUUUGAUGUUAUAACAAACAUUUAUCUGUUAAAUUUAAUUUAUAAAAUAAUCAAAAUGUCAAAAGUCAAACGAGAAGACUCUAAAAGUUCUCAUGUUCUAAAGUUAUUUUUUCUUCAAUAAUAUGCUACGCUUGUUGCUGAAUAAAAUCAUAUUCCUGUUUGUAAACAGGUACGUUCUACCCAGUGGCGGAUCUAUGAUUUAAUCAUUUUUGGAGCUUCCUCUUUUUUUGUAGGAUUCUUUCUCAUCUAUUUUUUAAUAUUCAUGUAUAUAAGUUGAGGCAUAUAUUUUAACAGGUAGCAGAAAAUAAAUAAUUUCAUCAAUAAUGACUUUGCAAUCUUACUCCAACCCUUUGAGAAUGGUAAUAAUACAAUUUUUCUUGUCGUAAAGUUUUUUAUACUUUACCACGACUUAUUCUAACUCGAAAAGCUUUAGAUCUGGUGCUCGUAAAUAGAUCAUCUUAGACCAAUAUUUCUUCCUUAAUUUCUGCUAUUUGGAGUAGAGUAGAUCCCCGUUACCCUUUCUCAUGGUAUCUUAUAACUAAAUUAAUAAACAUCCGUGGUGUCAGGUUAUUUCUUAUGGGAUACCUUUCAGCGUAUUAAUGAGAAGCAUUUUGUCGACACUCUCCGUACGUUACAAUGAUCUACUAGUUUAUUGUUGUCAUCAACAAGUAUUAUUUUUUAAACGCACAGUAAAUUAAUUCACUGUAUGAACGCAAGCACUAGUUACACCUAAAGGUCACCUCUAAACUGUAUGGAUUCACAAACGAUAUCCCAUAAAUUCUAUUAACACGAUAAUUGUCAAAAGUACAAAACUAGUUUGCCUAUAGUCACUGCACCAAAGAGAUGCAGUGAUCACGUGCACAUCAGCCAAAAAUGAGUGUUCGAUUACCGUCUGAAGAUCGUCACUAAUAGAUGAGGAGCCAACGACUCGGC